CUUCCUGGAAUGAACAGCACAAUAUGUCCAUUCGAAAAGUUCCGUAAAAUAGCAAGCCCAUAUUCCGUGGAUGAUUGGCAUAAAGAAUGCAGUAAGACACAUCAAUAACACGAGGUGUGAUUGGAUCGACUCCUUUGAGCUUGGGCUUCCUGUUUGAAGUAUUACUGCGGGAGACUAGGUUCCUCUUUGUAAUUGAACAAUAAUUGAAAUGAUGAUAAUUGAAAUGAUUGAUUCGUUUUGAAUUGAGAAAUAGGGGUACAAAAAACCCCUGCAUUCCAUACAUGUAGCGAUGUGACGGAUGUAACGUCAAGAUCAGUUUCAUCUGGGGGGAGGGGAGGGGGUUCUUGGGAGGUUGAACCGCUGCAAUCACAUGGAAUGCAUGAUCGUAAAUAAUGGUCAGGUAUGGGGUAAAAAUCGUUUAAAUAAAUAACCAUCUAUAGCUGAUAACCAUUGAUUUUUUUCUUCGUCAUGUGUUGAACUCUGGCUUUGUUAUACUGGACAUCUUUAAAGUGAUUUUCCUUUAUUAAAAGAAAAGUAAAAGCUUUUCGACAAGCUGACAAUUCUCUCACUAUAAACAGUGCAAAACUCAAGCAAUAAUAUUUUAUUUAUUUUAAUGUUUAUUAGUUUUACUUUCCAUUCUUAUAGGCGGGAGUGACAGCUAGCACGCUCCAGUCAUUUUUCCGCAUUCCUUCUCGAUACGUGGUUCCAGAGAUCAUUUGCCAUUUUCCCAGAGCUAAAAUACUCACCAAAAUGAAAAAUUGAUUUGAUUCUUAAAAAAGGCACGCUUCUCCAGGAAAGAUGCACUUGUGUGUACACUUAAACACAUCUCCACAAAGAAGCGUUUUUCCUUUUGGUAUUUAACAUUUUCACAAUGUUUAAUUUCACUGUGGACUUGUGAGAACAUGAAUACGGACGUUUUGACCCUUUUGCCCAAUUUAAUUAUAUCAGGUAUCAGUACGGGUCGGUACAGGCAGCGAAACAAAGUGAAACUUUGUUACACAUGAAUGUAAAAAAGGGUAAAGAAACGCUCACUUUCACUUUCCUGUAAUUAUAUACAGAUAAAAAUAACAAUCCGUUCAACGCACAUAAGAAAAGUAACACUUGUUUCCAUCAACUAUGAAUCAAUGUUUAACUGAGUGUUGUAUUAAUAGAACAUGACAUGUGUUCAGUUAAUUGUUGACUUAUGAAUUGUAAUCCGAACCGAGAUGACUUCGUUUAUUAAGAAUGGCUACAAGUAGCUGGUUCUUCUUGCUCUUGUUUUUUGCUCCAAGUUUUCUUUGUGGAUUGGAGAUAUCAUCAGCUGAAUUAGAUUUGCGUAUAGAGCCAGUCCAAGAUGUUCAGUAUAAAGCUGCCGGGUCUUCACUACAUCUAAAGUGUAUUUAUGGUUUUAAUAGAACUAGAACAAACAUUUCUCUUGAAUGGUCGUGGAACAGUAAAACUCUAUACACAGUGCACACCAUUAUUGCUUUGGUGAAUAUUACCAGACUAAGAUACAAUGAUGCAGGAAAUUAUGUUUGUCUUGCAAGAAACAAUCAAGGUGUGAAAAUAGCUGAGCGAAGUGUGGAGGUUAUUGUUGGGGAUACUCCACCUGAACCAUCUUCUCCUGUUCUAAACCACUUGUUUGGCAUUCCCCCUGUUGCUGGAGUUAUAACAUAUGAACUUCCUUCAGCAUCGCCACUUGCUUACCCUAUAACAAUCAAGCUUCUUCUAUCACACCCCUCWUGGAGUAACUUAUCGAAAAACCUUUGCACCGUUUCUUCAAAUCAGCAAUUUCAAAUUGCCGACCAGAGAACUCAAGCAUUUAGAACCAUGAAAAACUUGACAUUUCAGGCAGAUGUAAGCUCCACAGUGAAAAAGCUUUUCCCCAUUAAACAUAAUUGUGCAGGCAUUGAUUGCGAUUUUCUGUGUGCGACAGUGAUGAUAACUAAUAAAUUUGGUCGCAAAUACUUAAAACUACCAGAGAUAUGGAGUAUUCAUAAGAAAGCUGAAUGUGGAAAGGUUGACGAGCUAAAGGUUAAUGAAGUAAAAACAACUAGUAUAGUUGUUGGCUGGAAAACACCUAAAUGCAUGGCAAAUUCAAGCAUACCUUCUCUUAUCCAUCGGAUAUGGUGCAGCCCUGAUUGUGGAAGUGAAAUGGAAACGCUAACCCGUACAGGACGUUACACGAACUACACGAUACGUUCUCUCUUUCCGUACACCAAGCUCACCAUACAUGUUUCCUGUAAAAUCUAUGAUCUCGAAUCAUCACCAUCAACUGUUACGGUGUGGACCAAGCAAGAUGUUCCUUCAAAGGCGCCAACUGUAGUGGUUAUCCGGUGGCUUGAUGAACAGUCCUCUAAGGAGAAAGGAGUCGCUCUGAUUGCUUGGAGGGAAAUUGAAGAUGCCAUGAUUCUUCGUGGAAAACUAGAAUUAUACAAAGUUAUAAUUCACAACUUAGACAAACCACAUGCUGAACCCCUUACGGAAGAAGUAGCUGCAGGAAAUGCCAGUUUGGUAACUAAAAGUUUAGAAAUGGCUAAUUAUAGCUUUACUAUACAAGCUUGCACUGGUGGUGGAUGUGGAAGGAAGAGUUACCCAGUUUCCUUGAAGGCUUUAGUUGUAAAAGAUCCGCCACACAAACCAGAGGUACCCAAAAGCGACAGAAAAAUGAACUACGCUGUUAACAUUAUCGUUCCAUUAAUUGGUAUUUUUGCCUUUGUUCUGGCUGUUUGGUUUUMCCGAAGGUAUUAUCCAAGACGUAGACACUAUGACUUAGAUGAUCUACCUGAAAUUGAAAGGCCUUCAACCUGCAACGAAAACGACUCUAGAACCAUGGACUCCACAAACAACUAUUCCAUUAUGAACGAAGCAUAUUGUGCUUCAACAAACGAUCUUCCGAACACUCAAAGUACUCCCAAUUUGACUCGAUGUUCAAGCUCAAGCACAGAUAGUACCGUUGUGUGACCUUCAUGUUGCCUGAAACACGUGUACAGCGCCGAAAUCAGUGAUGUGCCGUUAUGAAGAGAUUGACAACGUAAAGUUCAGGUCUUUAGACUCAACCUACUCUUGCAUGUUACCGGUGUGUUAUAAAUACAGUGCGUGAAUUACAUGAUGUGAGUACUUUUCAAGUUCACUUCAUCGAGGCGCUACGACUUCUUCAGAGGGAUUUCGUUAAAAAACACAGUUAGGUGCAUCAAGACGGAAAAUCUCUCAAGGGACAUUGUUUCAAUUAACGUUAGAUCUAAAAAUAGAGUUGGAUAGAGAUUGUUUUUAUUUAAUGGUUCUGAAUUCAUGAUUGAAAACAUUAACAAGAACAAUAAAUGAAUAUAUACAUUAUUUGGUAUACUUUAGUAAAAAGCUAAAAAUAUUAAUAUGGCCAAAACUAAUGUAAAGCAAUACCCAAAAACACAACUAUCGAUGUUAUUAAUUUUAAUAAUAAUAAAAAAAAGAAUGAUUU